CCAACUGCCAAAUUCAUCAAACACACCUACAAAGAAAAACAGAGACAAACCAUAAUGAAUGCUUUUGAUAUUUCAGCUAGAAGCAGCUGCCACAACAUUGCAUUGGCCACGACGCCGUUUCGCCACCUUUCUUCGUCUUAUCAUUUAAUGACGUUGAAGUUACAACACCAUGUCAGCAUUGGAGAGAGACGGAGCAUUCGAGUGGUUAGAAUUACGGCAUCAUUGUGGCCAAAUACCGACUCAACUGUUUCUCAGCCAUCGCCGGCGGAAUCAAAUGGUGCUUUGGAGAUUGAUAGUCCUUACUCGUUUUUGAAAUGUGAUGGAUCAAAAACCGUUCACGCUGCUGAAAGAUUAGGUCGAGGCAUAGUCACAGAUGCAAUCACCACCCCUGUGGUCAACACUUCAGUCUACUUUUUUAAGAAAACUGCUGAUCUCAUUGAUUGGAAGGAGAAAAGACAAUUUAGUUAUGAAUAUGGGCGAUAUGGAAAUCCAACAACAGCAGUUUUAGAAGAGAAGAUGAGUGCAUUGGAGGGUGCUGAAUCAACUCUAUUCCUUGCAUCUGGGAUGUGUACUAGCUCUGUCAUGUUCUUGGCACUAGUUCCAGCUGGGGGACAUAUUGUUACCACUACUGAUUGCUAUAGAAGGACUAGAAUAUUCAUUGCCAAUAUGCUUCCAAAAAUGGGAAUCACGGCCACCAUAAUUGAUCCUGCUGAUGUUGAUGCAUUGGAAGCUGCAUUGGAAAAUAACAAAGUUUCACUCUUCUUUACUGAAACUCCAACCAAUCCAUUCCAAAGAUGUGUUGAUAUUAAGCUAGUUUCAGAGCUUUGUCAUAGAAAAGGAGCUUUGGUUUGCAUUGAUGGUACAUUUUCUACACCUAUUAACCAAAAAGCACUUUCCCUUGGAGCUGAUCUUGUAGUGAACUCUGCAACAAAAUACAUUGCUGGACAUCAUGAUGUCCUUGCUGGUUGCAUAAGUGGUUCAGAGAAGUUGAUUUCACAAGUUCGUAGUUUCCAUUUCAUUUUGGGUGGCACUCUUAGCCCGAAUUCUGCAUACCUAGUCAUUAGAGGUAUGAAAACCUUGCAUCUUCGUGUACAACAUCAAAAUUCAACAGCAAUGAAGAUGGCCCAACUUUUAGAGACACAUCCUAAGGUGACACGAGUCUACUAUCCCGGCUUGCCAAGUCAUCCCGAAUAUGCCCUCGCCAAGAGGCAAAUGACUGGUUUUGGAGGUGUUGUCUGUUUUGAUAUUGAUGGAGAUAUAAUGAGGACGAUAAAGUUUGUUGAUUCAUUGAAAAUCCCAUACAUUGCUCCAUCCUUUGGUGGUGUUGAGAGUGUUGUGAAUCAGCCAGCAAUCAUGUCUUAUUGGGAUCUUCCAAGGAAAGAAAGGGAAAAAUAUAGAAUUUAUGAUAACACCGUCCGUUUCUGCUUUGGAGUUGAAGGCUAUGAAGAUUUAAAGGAUGAUGUCCUACAAGCCCUAGAUGCCAUAUAAGACCUUAAUCACCUUCCCUUUUAGUGUUUUCUUUGUUCUUUUUGUAAACAUAUCCGGUGAAUCAAUAUGUAGCGCAACACUGUUGAUUGAAGAUAUGUCUAAUAUCUAAAAUGUGUCAGGAUUAAAUUCCAGUAUGACACCGACAUAUAUAGUUACUUUGAAUCACUUUCAUUGUUAUUUAUGAUGUCGAUAUACGUACCAGAGUUGUAUAUGGUGUGGUGUCAUUGUUUGUUUAAGUUCUUCACAACCAAGUGAACUUUCAUGAUUGAAUGUAAUUUUUGGAUUUGAGUGUGAGGGAGAGUGUAUAAUAUGUAUGUUUAGAUGAUUGUGAAACCUUUUAUAUUUGAUGUUUUGAGUUGUUUCCUCCAAUAAUGGAACAUAAAUAAACUGAGGAAA